CAGAUACGAAUCUGAUUAAAAGUAAUGUGUGUUGUUGUAACUGUGCCGAAGGAUCGUCAUUUCCUCCAACGACUUAUCAGCGGUCGUAAAACAUACAGAAGAAUCUAUCUCGUAAAUUCAACAGGAUUGUAAAAAUGAGUAACAGUUUAGCUCCAAGAUAAAAAAAACAGAACCUGGGAUCGUUCCAGUAUAAGUUCCAGUUAAACAAAAACAACUUUACAGCUCUUGGUGUGAUCAAAAUUCCUCCCCUUUCCCGGUUGACUCACCGGCUUAUAAACCUCACGCUAUCAAAGGUUAUCUCUUGUGUUUUACGUUAUCUCUUUGCAGAAAAGCAAAACGAAUCCUGCAGUUUUGAAGUUUGAAAUCGAUUGCUUAGAUUUAACAUUUGUUUUAAGAUGGUUCCACUUUUAAACUUCCUUCUAAGUGUUGCAUGCUGUGUUUAAAACGGGAACGCUGUCCCUCCCUGCGAGUCGGUGGGAGAUAAGGAAGUUUUUGGUUCGAUUGCGAUGGAUUCAGUGAAGAAAAGCAAAGGACAUGACAACCUGGCAUUUGAUUUGCAGGAGCAAAUCCAUGAUCAGGAGGAGAAGCCGAGCUGGAGCAGCGGUGUGGCAGAGGAGGACAGAAAUAAACCAACCUACUGUGUGACUGAUGUCCCUCCUUGGUACCUUUGCAUUUUCCUGGCUGUUCAGCACUACCUGACGGCAUUUGGUGGGAUCAUUUCCAUCCCCCUCAUCCUCUCCGAGGGACUGUGUCUGCAGCAUGACACCCUGACCCAGGGCCUUCUGAUCAACACCAUAUUCUUUGUUUCGGGCAUCUGCACCAUUCUGCAGGUCACCUUUGGUGUCAGACUUCCUAUCCUGCAGGGAGGCACGUUUGCCUUGGUGACUCCAGCCAUGGCCGUGUUGUCUAUGCCAGAGUGGCAGUGCCCGGCUUGGACGCAGAAUGCCAGCUUGGUCAACACCUCCUCCCCGGCUUUUAUCGAAGAGUGGCAGGGCCGCAUGAGAACACUGCAGGGCUCUAUCAUGGUGGCCUCUGUCCUCCAGAUUCUCGUUGGUUUCUCUGGCCUCAUCGGGUUCCUCAUGCGCUUCAUGGGGCCCUUAACCAUUGCCCCCACCGUGUCUCUGAUAGGCCUGGCUCUGUUUGACUCGGCGGGAGUAAAAGCUGGCAGCAACUGGGGCAUUUCUGCUUUGACGACAGGGCUGAUCAUCGUGUUCUCUCAGUACCUCCGUCUCAUACCGAUCCCUGUUCCCUUGUGCUGCAAAACCAAGAAAAGGAAAACCGCAAAGUUUUACAUCUUCCAAACCAUGCCUAUUCUGCUGGGCAUCGCCAUCUCGUGGUUAGUCUGUUACCUCCUCACCAUAUUUGAUGUCCUGCCGUCUGAUUCUACUCGCUACGGUUACCUGGCCCGCACUGAUGUGAAGGGAAAUGUGGUGAGCAAGGCCUCUUGGUUCACACUGCCAUACCCCGGCAGGUGGGGGGUUCCAACUGUGAACCUGGCAGCUGUGGUUGGGAUCUUGGCCGGAAUAGUCUGCUCCAUGGCAGAGUCUGUGGGCGACUACCACGCCUGCGCCAGGUUGUCGGGGGCGCCUCCUCCUCCGAGGCACGCCAUCAGCAGGGGCAUCGGCGUUGAAGGGGUCGGCUCUUUGCUGGCGGGGGCCUUCGGGACGGGCAAUGGCACCACGUCUUUCAGCGAGAACGUGGCGGCUCUCGGUAUCACCAGGGUGGGUAGUCGGACUGUGAUUCUCCUGAGUGGAUUUCUCAUGAUUCUGAUGGGAGUGGUGGGCAAAAUUGGGGCCAUCUUCACCACCAUUCCCACUCCUGUCAUCGGAGGGAUGUUUCUGAUCAUGUUCGGUGUCAUAUGUGCUGCUGGGAUUUCCAAUUUGCAGUUUACAGACAUGAAUUCUUCUCGGAACAUCUUCGUGUUUGGGUUCUCAAUUUUUUCGGCACUUGCCAUCCCAAACUGGAUCAUGAAGAAUCCUGGCGUCCUAGAGACAGGUGUCAAAGAGGUGGACCAAGUUCUGCAUGUGUUGUUCACCACCCAUAUGUUUGUAGGAGGGUUCCUCGGCUGCUUCUUAGAUAACACGAUUCCUGGGACCAAGCGUGAACGUGGCAUUCUCACCUGGAACGCAGGACAUCCGGAAGAUUCCAGUAACGACUUGGCGUCAGAAGAGGUUUACAGUCUCCCGUUUGGGAUAACGGCGUGCCUUCAAAAGCAGUCCUGGGUCCGCUACGUCCCCUUUUGCCCACAGAACGAACCUGAGUCAGGGGACGGCAUGCCACAGAGCGAGGGGACUGAGCAAAUGACAAGAGUUUAAACUAAAAAAAAAAUAAUAAUAAUAAUCGUGGUUUUAGUGUAAUUAGGGCACAAAUUAAAAGAAAAAAAAUCUGAAAUAAUUAAUUUGGUUUCAGUUUUCAUUGAGCAUUGAUUGUUAUAGCCCAUUUGAUUCAAUGUAAAUUGCUGUUGAUGGUGAUCUGAGUAAAACCGUGAAUGGUGUCCUUAUUGUGUUUAAGUUAAAAUGUCCAGAAACCAUCACAGUGUUUAUUCUUGAGGAAAUGACAGCUCAAUAAUGUUUCUGUUCCACAUGGAGCAGACUCGACAGCCUCUGUCAACACUUGGAAAAAAACAAGUGAACUACUGAAUGAUUAAAGUGUUAAAGUGAUCCGCCA